AUGGCCGUAACAACUGAUCCCGUUGUCGUGUCCAAUGGUCUUGCACCUCACCUCAGGCCAGCGGCCAAGGUGAAGUCACCACAGGCCGCUUCCAAGUCUUCCCUUGACAUAAUCGACAUCCGCCGCGCGGCUGUCGAAACAAACCUCAAAGAAGAGAUCAUAUCCCUGUUCCAUCCCAAGGAGGGUCCAAGGCAGCUCCAGAUUACCUAUUUGGAGGAGUACUACCUCACCAAUGAUGAGAUUGAAGUUUUGAGAAAAUCAUCGGCGCAAAUAGCCAACGAGCUUCCUAACGGCUGUAUGCUCAUCGAGCUUGGGAGUGGCAACCUCCGGAAGGUCAACUUGCUCCUCCAAGCCAUCGAGGACACGGGCAAGUCUGUUGAUUAUUAUGCCCUGGAUUUAUCUCGGACGGAGCUUGAGCGCACCCUAGCUCAAUUGCCGUCAUAUAAGCAUGUCCAUGCUCAUGGUUUGCUGGGCACUUAUGACGAUGGCAGAGAAUGGCUGAAGCAGCCAUCUAUCCUCACUCGCCAAAAGUGUAUUUUGACUCUUGGAUCGAGCAUUGGCAACUUUCCUCGAGAUGACGCCUCGAGAUUUCUCAGGGGCUUUUCAGAUGUUUUAAGCCCAGUUGACCGCAUGAUUGUCGGUCUAGAUGCCUGCAACGACCCAGCUAAAGUAUAUCACGCAUAUAAUGAUAAGGAGGGUCUCACACAUCAAUUCGUCCUCAAUGGGCUUACGCACGCGAAUGAGAUCCUUGGGGAGGAGAUCUUCCGGUUAGAAGACUGGAAGGUCAUUGGUGAAUACGUUUAUGAUCACGAAGGGGGGCGUCAUCAGGCUUUCUACUCUCCUGUCAAAGACACAGUUGUCAUGGGAGAACUAAUCAAGGCUCAUGAGCGCAUCGAAGUCGAGCAGAGCCUGAAGUACUCUCAGGCAGAAACGACGAGGCUGUGGAACCAAGCGGGAAUGUCAGAGAUUGGUAAAUGGAUGCUGGGGAACGAAUAUGACGAAUGGCCCCCGGUUAAUGAGAUCUUGACGUACCAAGAUCGUGUCCGUGAGAGGUUGAAGAGUCUCUACGAUAAGGGAAUAGACGUUAUCCCCCGCGCGGUUGGUCGCGCAAUCUGGGUCGGCUUCGAGCAUGAAAUCAUGCACCUCGAGACACUGCUCUACAUGAUGCUUCAAAGCGACAAGACUCUGCCGCCGCCAGAUACAGAGCGGCCCAACUUCCAGAAGUUGGCUGAGAAGGCACGGACCGCGAGAGUUCCAAAUCAAUGGUUCAACAUCCCGACACAAGACAUUGCUAUCGGCUUGGAAGAUCCAGAAGAUGGAACCGAUCCAGAAACACACUUUGGCUGGGACAAUGAAAAGCCGGUGAGACACGUCAAGGUCCACCAAUUCCAGGCUCAAGCACGGCCCAUCACCAACGAAGAGUAUGCCCAAUACAUGAACGACCAACAUAUCACCAAGCUCCCGGCUUCUUGGGCAGAACUUGAACCCCUCCGUACAACUAACGGUUACACUAAUGGCAAUACGAAUGGCGUUCACACUAAUGGAUAUACCAAUGGCCAUACGAAUGGUUAUGCCAACGGUCAUACCAAUGGCCAUGGCAAUGGAUACGCUAAUGGCUCUGUCAAACUUUUCAAAUCAUUCCUCGAGAACAAAGCGGUUCGCACAUUUUACGGUCUUGUACCUCUGAAGUACGCUCUUGACUGGCCAGUUUUCGCUUCCUACGAUGAACUUGCCGGUUGUGCUUCGUGGAUGGGUGGCCGAAUUCCCACCUUCGAGGAGGCCCGCAGCAUUUACUCCUACGUUCAUGAACAGAAAAAGUUGCAAGCCGAGAAGAAGCUUGGAAAGACAGUCCCUGCCGUUAACGGCAACAAUGGCGUACAGGAGACUCCACCGUCGCAAGCCCUUGCGUCAACGAAUGGCAACUCCUCUAACUCGGAUGAAUUGUUUGUUGACCUAGAUGGAGCCAAUGUUGGUCUGCACCAUUGGCAUCCCGUCCCUGUGACAGGCCAGGGCGGAGAGCUAGCUGGCCAAGCAGAGCUCGGAGGGAUAUGGGAAUGGACAAGUUCCCCAUUGACAAAGUACGAAGGAUUCGAGCCGAUGUCAUUGUACCCUGCAUAUACGGCCGAUUUCUUCGAUGGCAAGCAUAACAUUGUUCUUGGAGGGUCUUGGGCUACUCAUCCUCGUAUUGCCGGCCGAAAGUCUUUUGUCAACUGGUACCAGCGCAACUACCCCUAUGCAUGGUGUGGUGCGAGACUGGUGCGUGACGUCAACUAA